AUAGUGCAGCGCUGCCUAGUGUUCCAAGAUGCCCGAGUUACGCCAAAGAAAGUUAAAAGAAGAGCCUUCAUCCCUGCCCGUGAACGUCAGGACACGAGGAAUCGCAAAACAGCCGCGACGACUUAAGAAAGUAUUCAUUACCCUCAUAUUAUUGGCAUUAUGCGCUACUUACUUCCUGGGGCUGUUCGCGGGCCAGACACAGUGGUUCGAUGGUCUUGCGAAGAGCCUGGGCUACGAGAGUGUGCAUCAUCAUGCUGUAAUCAUCGACGCCGGUUCUUCCGGCUCCAGAGUGCUGGCAUACAAGUUCCGAGUACCGUUUACUGUAUUCGGACCAGCAAAUCUAGAUCUAGUAGAAGAAUUUUUCGCACAAUCCAAACCAGGGUUAUCAUCAUUCGCCAAUGACCCCGCGAAGGGGGCAGAUACAAUAGUACAAUUAAUACAAAAGGCGGAGUUCCUAACGCCGCCUGAAAAGAGAAAGGACACUCCACUGAUUGUGCGAGCGACUGCCGGCUUGAGAUUACUGCCUCAGGAGAAAGCGAAUGAAUUGAUACGUCAUGUUGCUAUUGCCGUUUCUCAUUUGGGCUACGCAGUUGGUACGAACAGCGUGGAGAUCAUGGAGGGUUCGGACGAAGGCAUCUUCAUUUGGUAUACAGUAAACUUAUUACACUAUUUAAUUGGUGGUGACACGAUGGCAGCAUUAGACCUGGGCGGCGGCUCCACUCAGAUCACAUUUGAGCUGAACGAGCAGGAAACCAAGGACUACCCCAUCAGUGACCAGUACGUCGUACCUGCUGGGGAGAAUAUUACUCUAUAUACACAUAGCUAUCUUAAUUUGGGCCUCCUAGCGGCGCGCUAUGGCAUAUUCAGGAUGGAAGCUCAAGACAACACGACAAACAAGUUCCACUCAGUGUGUGUCGACCCUAUCAUCGUAGACGAGCCCUGGACUUAUGCCAAUAAAGAAUAUAUAGUUAGCGGUGUCGAGCGCAAAGGCAUGAAACGCGUGGAAGUAUACAACCGCUGCCAUAGUCUAAUCAGACGCUAUGUGAUGUCUACGCUGGAUUGGGAGCCGAAGAUGCCGCCGCGGGGCACCGUAGCAGCCAUGAGCUACUUCUACGACGUCGCAGCUGACGCUGGUCUCAUAGAUGUAAUGAAAGGAGGAACUGUGUCAGUGGACCGGUAUCGUGCUACGGCAUACCGAGCGUGCUCUGCGUCUAACGUGGAACAACCUUGGGCCUGCAUCGAUCUCGUCUACAUGGUGUCGUUGCUGCAGGACGCCUAUAAGCUGAAUGACCGUGAUCCCAUCUCGCUAUUCAAAAAGAUCGACGGACACGAGGUGUCCUGGGCGUUAGGCUUGGCGUACACUACGGUGAUGAACCGGAUUGCCGCCGUCACCGGGUAGAUAGUAUUAUUAAUUAUGUUUAAAUCAUUUGGAGUUUGGAUGAAAUUUCCUUAUUUUUCCACAUUCGUUGACGUUAAAGGUCAAAAUGCACAUGCCUGUACUGGACCUAUUACUGGCACGUGUAUUUUGGCCUUUACAAUAAAUAUGAUUAAAAUAAUAAUAGUGUUAAGGAUGAAUCGUCUAACUUUAUAAAUUGUGUGAUUAAAUCCGAAAAUGCAUUGUAAAUAGAACCUACCCGUCGUAACUUGAAAGUCCACUUUAUAUUCAGAAUUUAAUAUCUGGAUUUCUUAAGGAUUUCAAUACUCGUCGUCUUAUGUUUAAAUUUUCUUCUUCUUUUUAUCGUAACCAUAAUUAUAGUAGUAAUUCGUUUGUUUGCUUAAACCAUUAUAUAACAGAAGAUGUAACAAGAGACAGUGCCAGUACCAACAUGUUUUGCAUAUAUUAAGAGUUUAUACAACCUCAAAUGGCUUUGGUUGAUUCCGCAUAACAGCGAAAGUGUUGAAUCAAUUCAAUUACUUGGAAAAAAAUAUAUAUUAAAAUUGAAGAUAUACGCUGA